AUGUCGUGCGGCGGGGUGAAGUCCUUUCUGGUGGGCCUGUCUCGGAGGAAGCCCCUGGAGCCGGAGGGAGAGAAGUCCACGUUUAACCGAUGCCUCACCACUCUGGACUUGGUGGCCCUCGGUGUGGGCAGCACCCUGGGGGCCGGGGUGUACGUCCUGUCUGGAGAGGUGGCCAGAGAGACUGCCGGACCCAGCAUCAUAAUCUCUUUCUUCAUCGCUGCCCUGGCAUCCAUAUUCGCUGGACUUUGCUAUGCAGAGUUUGGGUCUCGGGUUCCCAAAACAGGCUCAGCAUACCUUUACAGCUAUGUGACUGUUGGAGAGCUGCUGGCUUUUAUCACUGGCUGGAAUUUGCUACUCUCCUACGUCAUAGGGACAUCCAGUGUUGCACUGGCGUGGAGUGGGACAUUUGAUGACCUCAUUGGGGGCGUCAUAUCCAAAUAUUUUGAAGAAAAUGCAGCCAUGGGCCUGCCUGGCCUGGCACCUUACCCAGAUGUCUUUGCUGCUGCUCUCGUCAUGAUACUGUCAGGUGUGCUGGCAUUUGGAGUAAAAGAGUCGACAGUAAUCAACAAGAUCUUCACAGCAAUCAACAUCGUGGUGCUGCUGUUCGUGGCCGUCUCUGGAUUCAUCAAGGGGGACAUCACCAACUGGUACAUCAGCGAAGAGACUCUGAUAAACGCCACAGCACAAUUCAAAAACUUGAGCUCUACUGCCAAUGUGACAAGUAUGUAUGGAGUGGGUGGAUUCUUCCCCUAUGGCCUUAGUGGAACAGUGGCCGGAGCUGCAACAUGUUUCUAUGCCUUUGUUGGAUUUGAUUGCAUCGCUACAACAGGCGAGGAGGUGAAGAACCCCCAGAAGUCCAUCCCUCUGGGCAUUGUGGCCUCACUACUUAUCUGUUUCGUGGCCUACUUUGCUGUGUCUGCUGCUCUCACCCUGAUGAUGCCCUACUACCUCCUCAAUAAAAAAAGCCCCCUACCAGUGGCCUUUGAAUACAUCAAGUGGGGUCCCGCCAAAUAUGUUGUGGCUGUGGGGUCACUGUGUGCCCUCUCUACCAGCCUGCUGGGUUCGAUGUUCCCAAUGCCCCGGGUGAUGUUCGCCAUGGCAAGAGAUGGCCUGCUUUUCCAACCCUUGACCAAAGUAACCUCCAAGGGAAGUCCUGCUAUAGCUACCAUAUCAUCUGGAACCGUGGCAGCCAUCAUGGCUCUGCUGUUUGACCUGGAAGCCUUGGUGGAAAUGAUGUCCAUCGGAACUCUGUUCGCUUACACACUCGUGGCCAUAUGCAUCUUAAUACUGAGGUACCAAGCAGAUCCAUCUGAAGACACAGACCUAAAGAUCAAAGACUCAAACACCAGGUUCAGCCUCCUGAAGCCUCCAUCAUCUUCCAAUGCAUCCACCUCAAGAAGAGUCACAACCUUGACUAUAUUCUCUGUUGCAUGUGUGGUUGCACUGUGUGUCAUCCUGACCCAAUCAUUAAAUGCUCUAGCCAAUUUGGAAGUAUGGAGUCUGGUGGUUGUCUGCGUCCUCAUCUUCAUCAUCCUGCUCAACACUUUCCUCAUCUGGAGGCAUCCUCAAAAUAGCACCAAGGCAUCUUUCAUGGUGCCCUUACUCCCUGCUCUGCCCAUAGUGAGUACGUUCAUCAACAUCUACCUGAUGGUCCAGUUAGGUGGAGAAACAUGGAUACGAUAUUCUAUUUGGAUGUUAGUGGGGUUACUGAUCUAUUUUGGCUACGGUGUCCGUAACAGUGUUCAGAGAAAGCGUCUCAUGGGCAUGCAGAUGAAUAUUGAAACGGUCACCGGCCAAACAGACAAGGACAUCAUUAAAGAGGAAAAAUUCUGA